GCUCUCUUUUCGAACAGCGCCCACGCUUGCAUCAAGAUCCCAACAGGAAACCGGCUUCGACAAGAACCUUAUCCCAACUUUUCAUCAAGUCCUUCGCUCAAAUUCCUCAAGAUGAAGUUCGUCGCCCCCGCCACCCUCCUCCUCUCGACCGCGGCCGCCAUGGCCAUCGAGCCGCGCCAGGCCCCCGACAACGUCUUCGUGACGGUCACGAAUCUGCAGUGCCAGCCCCACGGCACCACGUGCUUCUACACCUUCGAGGUCCGCUCCUCGCCCGGCUCCGCGCCCCUGGUCUGCAGCGCCCGGGCCCAGGCGGCCGGCACGAUCCCGUCGCUGCCCAACGAGCCGUGCGCGGACCCCAACGCCGUCUUCAGCUUCGAGCGGCAGGGGGCCGGCAAGCCCGCCUCGUUCGACAUCACCUGGACCUCGGACUGGGCCCGCGGCGUCCAAAAGGUGCACGGCUCGCACGUCUUCUCGAGCGCAGACUUCAAGACGGACAACCUCGGCACCCAGUCCUACGUCGGCGCCAAGGAGUUCACCAUCAGCGGCCUGACCACCACCCUGGUGAUCCGGGACUAAGCGGAGGGGGAGACGGGACCAAGACGGGAGGGAGACAUGAUUUAUGGCCUUGUGGUCCGCCGAGACAGAGACCGGCGACGGAUGAAUGUUAUGUUCCAAGUAUAAAGAGAUAAUUAUGUGAUAAUCCACCAUGUAUCGCCCCACACGCGCGAGUAUGCAUCUCCAACAACAGCUACCUACCUCGCCACAUGGGCUAUAUACAAGAGGCUGGCACCACAUCGGCCGAACUUCCCCCCCGCCUAGCAGGUAAAGACGGCCGGCCCGGCCGGGGUGUAG